AUGGGCUGCUUUGGUGAAAUACGUUCUAUGAACUUCUCUCUCUAUGGCCAAUGGCUUGGUUUAGCAUCUAUUGCUUUGUUGAUCGCACUGGGUAUUGUCGACCUUACAAAACAUGUCGUUUUCAGUAUUGUGGGAUGGGUCAUUGCCUUUAUUAUUAUCAUGGUUGAGAUUCCGCUAUGCUUCAAGAUGUGUCCUACGAGCCCCAAGUUUGAUACCUUCGUUGCUUACUUUGAAAACUCUUACUUCCGUGCCGCCAUGUACCUUGUGUUUGCUAUCGUCAUGUUCCUUUCAAAUCUUCUACACGGUGCAACCCCUUUGAUUGCCUGUGCUGUCUGCUUACUGUUAGCUGCUAUCUCUUAUGGCGUUGCUGCUGUCAUGGGUCAAGCUUUUGCCAGCUCAAGUCUUAUUGGUGGAACUGGUGUUGACAACGUUGUUUAA